CGGCAUCAGCCAGUGCCGCGCGCCGCGUCGUCCCGCUACCACGCAACACGUGCGCCUACCUACCACGCGACACAAUUUACAAACAAUUCGAAUACCGAACAGUGCAUUGUGUAUGUGGAAAAUACUUGUGUGUUAAAUACUUUUCGGAGGGAACUACGAGCCGUUUCUUAUUUUUUUUAAUUUCAACUGGAUAUGAUGGUGCGGUGAUAGGUAUGGGGAGAUCAGCGGUGGCACUGUGGUGCGCACUGGCGCUGGUCGCCCGCGCAGCCGCUUACACCAUAGACUGCAACCCGGAGUAUGCGGACUGCGACACUGAACUUAGUAAAUUAACCGCGGAAGAUGAUGAACUACUAACCCAGAGAGGAUCACCGUCACUUACCAAUGUGGAAAGCACAACCGAUGCGACAACAACAACAUUAGCACCUACACGAUCCACGCCAACAACAGAAAAGGCAACGGAGAAAACGACAGAACGACCAGAAACGACAACUGAGGAAGUUCAAGAUGUCACAGAAUCACACAAACCGCAACCAAGAUUGCUCAAUUUAAAUAUAGACGAAUUACAAACGUUUGCUAACGCAUUGCACAAUCAAACUAUUCACAAAAGUCAAAAGAAACCUUUGACGGAUCUUAGUGAUGUAAAUCUGGAUGAUGACGAAGAUGAUGAUCCUAAGAUGGUUCACGAUACAAAGCCAAAACAGAUUUCGGACAAGUUUUAUACGAAUUUGGAAGCCCCUUUUCAUCCUUUAUUGGGAAUUGAUAGGGGAUCAGGUGAAGUUGAAGUUUGUAAAGAAAACGAAAUUACUUACAAGGUUGGUGAGAAAAUAGACCGCGGCUGCGAGGAGAGCUGUGAGUGCAUGCAGGGGGGCUUGUUUGAGUGUUCGCCCCGCUGCAAGCACCCUUACAUCCGUAGAGGGCGCAGGCUCAACGACCCACUCUGCUUCGAAUCACCGCUAGACGAGUGCUGCUCCAUCAUCGCCUGUGCUACCGGCAACGGAGACGUGAAGCCGACUAAGCUAGAGGUGUGCCGGUACGGUAACGACACGUACCCCGUAGGGGCUCAGUGGCACAUCGGCUGCGAGCAGACCUGCCACUGCGAGAAGAAUUCUGUGGUCACCUGUAAGCCUAGGUGUGAACGGCACCCGCCGUCAGAGAAGUGCAUCAGCGUGCAGGACCCCAGUGACGUGUGCUGCGAGGUUCAAGUGUGCGACGUCUCUCAGGACGUCCACGAGGAACCCGAGAAUGGCACCAGUUCCACCAGCACUACUACUACGGAAGUAAGGAAAAUGUCUAUAAUGCCAAGCUCAUUAGAAGAUAAUCCGCCCAAAAUGCCUAUGAGACCGCUUGUGUUACCUGAACCUAUCGGCUCCGUGAAAGUCCUGCAAAACAACACUGUCCAAGUGAACCUUAUACACAUGAACGACACAGAGGAUCCAAUUCAUCUCCUGCUAAGCAGCGAUAAUGGAAAAACUUUCAAAGAUGUAGAACUGAAAUACUCUAACCUAAUACUGAAUUUGGAAGGUGGCAAAGACUACGUACUGAAGACUAGAGAGACUGGAACUAAAUUUAAUUUCACUAUCACUACAACUGACGCUGGGGCCAACGAAGUGGCGGAUGAGGACGUCGUAACUAAAGUCGGGUGCUAUCACGAUGGGAACUUUUAUGCUGUCGGCCAGGAGUUCCACAUCGGCUGCACGGAGCUAUGCGAGUGCACGGGGCCGGACGAGCGUGAGUGCGCGGCGCUGAUCUGCCCCGCGCACGUGGGGCUCGAGCUGGUGUCCAAGGGCUGCGUGCGGUGGGCCCCCGCGCCCCCCGCGCACCCGCCUGCCUGCUGCCCGCGCGCCGCGCGCUGUCUGAGCAAUGGCACCUGCCAUUAUAAGGGCACGCCUGUGCCCAAUUGGAGCGAAGUACCUAUCGAACUGACGGGAUGCGAACAAAGAUGUUUCUGCGAAAAUGGCGAAUUGGAAUGUCAAGAUACUUGCACUCCGCUGCCUCCCGUGCCUCCGCAGACGUUGCGAUGCCCUCCGAUGCAUCGGCCGGCACCCGUGAAUAUCUCUGAUGAUGACUGUUGUAAGCAGUGGGGUUGUAUACCACUGGGUCAAAAUCCUGAAUCUGACUUCACAACGAACUCACCCCAUACACAACAGCCCAGUUUCCUUCCAACCAUCCCACCGGAGAUUCAUUUCCCUCAAGAAGACCUCUCCGAUUACGACCAGAAUAAUAUCCACAGACCAGUUAAUACUUUACCUGGUCUUCCACCUGGUUUAUCACCUACUGGCCAUGGCCCAUCUACCUUUGGAGACAACAAUAAGAAGUUAUCAGUUAUCUCCUUGCAUUCGGAUUCUCCAACAAGUGUGAUGAUGCUCUUUGGUUUGCCACCUGUAUUGGUUGGCUUAAGAGGAAGCGUCGACCUGAGAUAUACAGAUAAAGCUGACGAAGACGUGUCUCAAUGGUAUUCGCAAGUGUUCGCCCCGGCAGACGAGGUGCUCACCACGGCACGCCUCGAAUUCCGGCUGACGGGACUAAAACCCUCCACCACGUACAAAGUGCGUGGCAAACUCUACCUGCACAACCUCCCCGUUGAGCCCGAGAGCGAAGUGUACACUGUCCGAACGCAGGACUUGCCUACUGUGGCGCCGAUAGAAGAAAAGCGCAGGGAGAUCGACAGCAGACUGACAGUAGUGGAUGUCAACGACACCAGCGCCCACGUCACCUGGAGACACUUCACCGACGAGGAGUUGCAGUACAUUGACGGAAUACAAGUCAGAUACAGGCCAGUUGGCACACCAAUCUACAGCAUGACGGAACUUCUCCAUCCGCGCCGUCGCGGCGCCGGGCUCACGGAAUUGCGCGCCGGCACUGCUUACGAGGCGUCACUAGUGCUGAUGCCGCCGGGCGCCUCCGUCGUAGAACUACACGACCCCGCCGUACUGCGGUUCACCACCGCUCCGACCCACGACCCAUACAACUGGACGGUGACCAUAGAGGCGCGCGCGGUGGGCUCCGAGGCCGCAGAGGUGACGUGGCGCGGGGUGCCGUCGCCCGCGGAGCGCUGGGUGCGCGUGUACCGCGCCGCGCACGCCUGCGGGGACGCACCAGCACCCGCGCCCGCGCCCGCCCCAGGCGCCGGGCCCGUGUCUCCACCCGCACCCGCUCGUAGGGAGCAUGACGAGUUCCGGCUAGCAACGCGCGAUCUACCACCGGCCGUGACGCUAACAGGCCUUCAGCCAGAUACUAGAUGCCGAGUUUGGCUUGAAUUAUUCCUCACGAAUGGUAAAGUGAAGACUAGCAACGUUCUAGAGAUCAACACUAAGUCUUUAGACUCACCUGAACCCAUUGACAAUGAAAUAGAAUCAGCAUCGAUAGCCGGCAGCCGAGGAGAUUCACGAGGAGAUUACUACGGCGCUUUAGUAAUAGUAGGAGUUGUGGCAGCGUUGGGAGCUCUCACGUCAUUACUACUACUGUUAGUGGUUGUUCGUAGGCAUCGUCCCCGUUCAGUGUCAAUCACUCCCGUGCCAACAGCACCACGUGAGUCGUCUCUACCACCUUAUGAUAAUCCUGCGUACAAACUAGAAUUACAGCAAGAAACAAUGGAUCUCUGACAGUUAAGUUCCCGUGGACACACGAAUGGCGUCAACGGGAUCAAUGAACGGAGUGUCGACGUUCAAAAUGGCCGAACAUACAACGAAAUGGGUGUCUAAGCUCACCCUCAUUGUAAAUAAAUAUGACACAGAGACAAAUGGUGAAUAUCAAAAGACAAAAAGUGGAAGUGAAAAAUAGACUUACGUUAAAGUGGUAAAAAUUUCAUGGUAGCAUUUGUUAUCAAUAUGAUACUUAAUUACUUGUUAUAAUUAGAACUGAAUAUUGUAAACUAUUUAUGACUUUUAAUAAUAUUCACACGUGAGCCAUAAUGCCUAUGGAUCGAAUAAGUAAAUGAGUUAUGAACUAACAUACUCAACAUAAACUGUAUAUUUUAUUGUAGUAAGUAAAUGUUUUUGAUUAGUAAUAAAGAGUUUACGAGUUAUGAAACAAGGAAGAAGUGCCUUAAUUAAAAUAGAUUGAUUGCAAAGAAAUUCCUAGUACUUACAUUUCUGUUUGUAAAUAGUGUUAAUAAAAAAGAUAACCUCUAGUAUUGUGCUUUUUUUUUGUAAAAUUUAUUAAUUUGCUCUCUCUAUAUACUUUAUUUGCCACUCCUUGAAGUUAUUUUUCAUUUGUUAAUACUAUUGUAAUAUAGCUUGUAAUUCAUAAGCACUUGUCUUAUUUCCCCAUGUAAUGUUAAAUUUAACAAAACAGGUACGUACUAGCAGUAGUAAUAAAAUGUCAAGGGAAAGGAACAGCAAUUACAAAAACGUCAUUUAAUUCAAAUACAACACCAAAUCACAUUAUAUUUUCUAUAAUUAUAAUAAUAAUAAUACAUUAUAUGUUUUAUAUGAUUGUAUUUUCUUAACGACUAUCCUAACCAUUUGACCUACACAGUUUAUGCCCAUAUUUUUUUAAGAAAAUAAUAAUAUACAUGAUUUUGUUUGGAUAGUAU